CCGCUUUGUUCAGGCCGCUGGCGCAAGAGGUCCCUCCGAGGGAGCCCACAGUUGCUCCGCAGACUCCGACCACCCCCCGAGGCCGAAGCUGCCAUGGCGCCCACGGAGCAAGCCGCCGCCACCCGCCCGACCCGCGCGGCCUCGCCCCCUGCGCGGAAAGCGGCACUGCAGACGGACGAGAACAGGGCCCACAACGCGAUGCAGACGGGUAGCCAGCAGCCGAAGACGGCCGCUGCCGGCGGGACGGGGGCGGCGCCGAGGCAGCCUCGCAGGGCCGUCGGACGGGCCUUGCUGGUCCUCAAGGUCGUCGCGGCCGCCGCGGUGCUGGGCAUCGCGGUGCUGGCCGCCGUGGCCUGCGCGCCUGCCUUGGGAGGCGCGGCGUCGUGCCGCGCGGCUGUCGCGAGGGCUGUCGCGAUGGCCCGGGAGCGCCCGACGGCAGCCUGCGCCUUGGCGCUGGUGCCAGUGGUUGCCGCCCUGGCUCCCCUCCUCUCCGUCGCGCAUGCUGCCGCGAGCAGGCUGCGAUCCGGCAAGAAGCGCGAGUGA